UUCAUUCAAAAUAAGUACAUAUUAAUAUAAUUAGAUCACCCUGAUAUGCUAGUGUGCUGUUAUUUCAUGAGAAGUCUUAUUGUUUCUUGCAUUUAUGAAUUACAACGCCAUUUUGUGGCCCCUACAAGCUAUUUAUGUGUUAAUUUCGCGGAGUUUUGUGUUAAAAUAUCAAAGUUUUGUCUUAUGAUAGUAUAUUUUUCAGUGUUGAUUUUUUACGAAGCGUCUAUAAGUUAACGUCUGUGUUUGUGAAUAAAAGUUUGUAUUGUACUCUUUUCUAUACAUUUUGCUUUGUUUUUUAACGUAUAUGUUCCAUUUUAUAAGUGAAACAUACUUAAUUGUAAUUGACACGGAACUUAUAAUGUAUGAUUCAUAAUUUCGUAACAUUUUUUCUAUGAAACCGCUAUUCGUCGUUCGUGAAUUUAGUUGUUUGUAUAACCGUAAAAAAACAAUGGCAGGAAACUGCUUUCUUUUAACAUCGAUCUAAAUGUCUACUUUACACAUAAUACAUAUUACAUACUUAUCUUUAUAUUUUCGAAGUAAAACUUAUGUCUUAGUCUCCACUAGGAUUUCGCGCAAAAAAAACGGAAUGUGAAGAAUUUGAAAAUAGAACAAUUUACCCUAUUUUUUUUAUUUAUUUUUUAUUUCUUUUACAACCUCCUUUUAGUUAAAUUCAUUCUUAUUGUUCCAAUACUUGAUUCUUCACCCAUGGAUUUUAAUUAUUUUUAAUUAAUCAUUAGAUAAUGAGGUUAAAUAACCUAAAUUAGUGCCUUAAAUAGAUCUUUAGACCUCAUUAUAGUAAAAAUAAGUAAUUAAUUAACGAAAUAUACUAAGUAAUCACCAAAAUGAAAUUAUAUAAAGUGACAACUAUAAUUAAAAUGGCUCCUAGUGUAGUAUACCAUCUACAAGAGAGUUGUGUGUGCAUUAAAAAAGUGUUUAAAUGAAAAAAAUAAUCAUAGCCCGGAAAAUGAAUAAACAAGCAGAUAAUACUGCAGAUCAGAUGUUCUGCGUCCAAGAAAAAGAAAGAGCAUCGUUCUCAUCAGACAAAGACCCGUUAAGUAUAACCCAAACAGACUCCGAAGAGGAUGAACCGGAAGCAAAGAGAAUAAAAUACUCCCCGUUGAAUCUGCAGGUCUACCAAAUACCAACAUUCAACACACCGAAGUCACUAUCCAUAUACCCAACGAAUACACUACCAAAUUUUGUGAACAAUCCGUUAAACUUAGCCAAUCCGUUGUCCUUUGCAACGACAAGACCACAGAAUGGGGAGGCUUUAGUAAAAAAUUUGCAUAAUAGAUACUCUUUGCCCGCUAAGUUGACUAUAACUCCAGUUGUCAACGGUGAAGUUGUUCGGUAUAAGAAAAAUGGGGAGAUUGCCAAGAAACGUGGGCCUCCGAAAGGGUACAAGAGAAAACCUAAGGCGGAGAAGCUGGAGCUGUCGCAGAGUUUCAAUGGAAAUUUGCAGUCAACCACACUCCAGACUCAGAACACCAUACUAUCAAGUCUCCUAGCCGCGAACAAUACAACUAUAACUGGCGUCGGAGUGCCAACACCCAUACUGCCUGCUCCGGAACCUGUACAGGAGAUCAAGGUGCCUGAAGGUACAGAGCUGGUGGAACUGCUGCUAGAUCCUGAGGACUGGUUUCCGACGGAGCCCUAUAAGAUGGUGUUCAGUCGCAAGAAGAACCCCAAAUGGAAAAACUUCCCCUACCAGUGUGAACACUGUUUUAAAGGUUAUCGCGUAGCCUCAACAUUAAUAACGCACGCGGCGGAGCGCCACGGUUGCGUGCCGAAGGACUUCGCGAUCCCCUGCCCAUGCUGCCCACACGUGUCCACGAGAAGAAAACAUCACAAAAAACAUCUGGAAACCCAUGAGAGUCGGAGACAUAGGAUAUUUUGUCUAUACUGCCUACCUCCACACGAUCCAUCAGAGCCGUUCGUAAAAGAACCGCAGAAAUACCCUUUCGACAAGUAUCCUCAAUUCUGGUAUGCGUCCGAAGAGUCUCUCCGGCUCCAUAAGAAAAGGAAGCACCCUUAUUCCGGCAUGUUUAACGUAAGCUGGUUUGGCACGUGGCGAGACGCAGUCCCUAACAGCUAAAACAAGGUAUUUUAGUAGUAUUUUAACCCCCCACACUGGCAACACUCAGUAUUUUUAUACAACUUGGUAGCUUUUAAUUUUUUACAACUGGCAACUUUGGUAGGAUAGUUGUUUUUUGUGAUUUUUUUUGACAGUUUUUUUUUAUUUUUUGUACGUAAUGUAUGUAUUGUUUUUUUUAAGGAUAGCAAUAUAUGUAAUGUAGUGUGGUAGGAUUUAUGUGAUCGAAAGAAUUGUAAUUCCAAAAUCGAGUGAUAUCAUAAUAUGGUAACAUUGUAUGUAUUUGUAAUUCGUAUUUUUGUUGGCAACAUUAAUUUUAAGAACAUUUUUAAUAUGAUUUUUACAAGACUGCUGAUUGAGAAUGGAAUUUGAAAUAUGUUUAUUUUGUCCAUCAAAUUAGAUUAUUAAAAUAUUAAAGUCCACUGGCUCAUAACUUAUAAUUAUGUAUCCUGCAGCUGUAGCCAAAUGCCAUUUAGCGCAUCGACAUAUACUAAUUAGAGAUGCACCGAAUAUCCGGCUUAUCCGGCCGUUAUUUACUAUCCGGCCGGAUACCGGAUAGUAAACUUGGUAGAUUUUAAAAAUGAAAUCUAAAUAAAGACACAGUAGUAAUUGAAUCUUGUUAUUAUUUUAAACAAUUUUAACUUUUUCUAAUAACAAGUCAAAACCUGCACGGUGAGCGGCGUGGCGGUACGCAUACGCACCUACGUAACUUAAAAUGUAGGUAUCACACUGCCGUCCGGCCGAAUAUCCGGUAUCCGGCCAAACAACUAUUCGUUGCAUCUCUAAUACUAAUGGACAUGCCAUACACUUAUAAUCUGCAGUAAUUUUGUGGUUCGAAUAGAGUGAGAGAGAUGGCCUAUGUUUUCGGUCUAGCGCUAUCUCUUUCUCGCUCAUAACGUCUUAACUACGGUACUAUUUUGAGAGAGAUAAAGAUAGACCGAAAGUUCAUUUCCUCUCUUUCUUUCGGAGUGCCACAAUUCUCAUCUCUAAGGCAUGUCCAUUAGUAUAUGUCGAUGAUUUAGCGUUUGUCUACUUGUAGAGUAGAAAACUAAGUUAUAUGGAAUUGACGUAAAUUUUGACACUUGUCAUUAUCAUCCCCAUACAUUUUGAUUUCUACUCUCUCUGUAGACAAGCGCUAAAGUGGCGUUUCGCUAAAGGCCCUGGUAUAGCUUUGUAAGUAAUUGAGCAUACAGUUCACUUUAUCAUUUCAAUCGAUAGCAUCGUAUGGCCUGUUUCACCGACAACCCCUAAACCAUAUCACCCCUAAACUAUCUUAACUACGAGCUUGACGUAACACUUAAACUCACUUACUGUUAGGUGUCACUAUAACCAAAAUGGCGCUAAGUGUCACCUAUCUUAAUCUAGUGGUUCCUUAAAAUUUAGGAGAGGUUGAUGGAAAUUGGCUUUCGUGUCUUAUAUUUUAAUUAUUUAUAUUGAUGGACUAAAAUAUAUAGAUUUUACACCCUAUGAAUAGGGUAGACGCCUAAUUUCUAUUUUAAUGCCCGUCUGAUAGAUUAUUUUAAAUCAUUAGACACGUAUUUUUUAUUUUCU